AUGUUUGUCUAUCUGAGUAAAAAGAUUGCGAUUCCCAACAAUGUAAAACUGAAUUGCAUCGCUUGGAAUAAGGAGGAAGGAUAUAUCGCAGUUGCCGGCACCGAAGGAUUGCUUAAGGUGCUCAAGCUGGAUCAGGCUGCCAAUAAUGGACAAAGUAAAGGUGGACUCGCCGCCGUCUCCAAUUUGUCGAUGAACCAGACGCUUGAUGGUCACAAGGAGUCCGUCAAGGUGGUCACGUGGAAUGAUGCCCAGCAUAAGUUGACUUCGUCGGAUGUGGAUGGCGUCAUUAUGGUGUGGAUGCUGUAUAAGGGCGCCUGGUACGAGGAGAUGACAAAUGAUCGCAAGAAAUCAACUGUAGCCGGCAUGAGUUGGACUUCGGAUGGAGCGAAAAUCUGCAUUGUUUAUGAGGAUGGUGCCAUCAUUGUGGGCUCUGUGGAUGGCAAUCGACUUUUUGGCAAGGAGCUGAAGAACACACAUCUCACAGGGGUUCAAUGGAGUCCUGAUAACCGUCUUAUCCUGUUUGCCCUGGCCAAUGGCGAGUGCCAUUUGUACGAUAAUCAAGGCAACUUUGCGAUGAAACUCAACAUUAAGUGCAUCACUCUCGGCUCCGGCGCCUCCUCCAUGGGUCGUGUGCAGCGAAUUGCGAGCAUUAGUUGGUUUAGCAGCCAUCUCGCUCCUGGGAAUCGCAAUCGGCCUGUUUUGGCUAUUUGCUUUGAAAACGGCAUGGUGCAAAUUAUGCGCAACGAGAACGAUGAUGCGCCUGCCAUUUUUGACACGGGCAUGCGUAAUGUGGACUCCAAGUGGAAUCACAAUGGCAGCGUUCUGGCCAUUUGUGGCACAUCGCUGGAGGCGGCGGUGGCGACGCCACAGCGGGAGACGAACCAGGUGUGCUUCUACUCGCCACUGGGCAGGCUUUAUCGCACUCUGAAAGUGCCUGGCAGCGAAAUCACCUCCGUCAGCUGGGAAGGCAAAUCCUUGCGCAUUGCCAUGGCCGUGGAUUCCUUUAUCUAUUUUGCGAACAUUCGACCGGAAUAUAUUUGGUGCUAUUUUGAGAAGACGGUCGUCUUUCUCAACAGCAGCAGCAGUGGCAACAGUGGAAACAGUGGCUCACCCAUGAAUGUCAUUACUUUCUGGAACACUGUGUCCAAUCAGAGUUUCCUCAAGGAGGUCGAACCCACAAUUUGCCUUUCGGCCAGCGCUGAGCAUUGUGUGCUGGGCGUGGAGUGCAUCAGCAGUAAUAUCAAGGAGAUUGCACUUAGCACUUUGGAAGGACGAAGUAGCUCCGACAAAGAUGUUCGAGUGUAUCAGUUGCUGCUCUGCAAUUCGAUUGGCACCACUGUGGACUCGAAAUAUACGGAUAUUAAGCCACGUUUUGUUGGCAUCAACUCGGGCUAUGUGGCGAUUGCUUCCCACGAGGAGAUACUCAUCUGGCAUUAUCACACACCCAAGAGCUCUUCGAAUCUGCAUGGUGUCAAAGCGCGCAAGGAGAAGCGUUUCCAUAUUGAUGACGCACCCACCGGCGUCGACUUGGCAAAGGAUUUGCUGGCGGGACAGGAGCAACGAUCGGUCAACGAUCCAAUUUGUGCACUGACGUUAUCCGAGAAGCUAUUGCUGAUCGCUCGGGAGUCGGGCGUGAUCAAUGAGUACAGUGUGGGCAAUGUUUCCUUAAGGAAUCGCCACACGCAGCACGCCAAGAUUCACAAAAUGGCCAUCAACUGCAAUUCCACUCGUGCUGCCCUCAUUGAUCAUGUGGGUGUGAUGACGCUCCUGGAGCUGGAUGACAAUCGGGAGACGCAGUUGAAUUUUAGUCGCGUGGAACGCAAGGAUGUCUGGGCCGUUAGCUGGGCCAAGGAUAAUCCACUUCUGCUGGCCCUGAUGGAGAAGACACGCAUGUACAUCUUUCGUGGCAAUGACCCCGAGGAGCCCAUUUCGUGCUCCGGCUACAUUUGCACCUUUGAGGAUCUGGAGAUCACCAGCGUUCUGCUCGACGACAUUAUCAGCAUCGGGGAGCUGCAGAAUGCGUCGCAUUUGAUCCAGUUGAGGGUGAAAUCGUUGCGGGACACGGAUGAUUUGCUGGAGCAUGUGGGUCUGGAUGAUGCAAAGCAAUUCAUUGAGGAUAAUCCGCAUCCUCGUCUCUGGCGUCUGCUCGCUGAGUCGGCGCUGAAACAACUCGAACUAGAGACGGCGGAGAAUGCCUUUGUGCGCUGUGCUAACUAUCCGGGCAUUAAGCUGAUUAAAAGAUUACGGAAUAUUAACACACAGAUUCUGCAACGGGCGGAAAUUGCCGCCUUCUACGGGGAGUUCGACGAGGCCGAGAAACUCUACAUGGACGCGGAUCGGAGAGAUCUGGCCAUCGAUCUGCGGAUGACCCUCUGCGACUGGUUUCGUGUGGUGCAACUUUAUCGCAUGGGCGGCGCUGGUGUUUCGGAUCAGCAGAUGGAGACCGCUUGGCGUGAGAUCGGUCAUCAUUUUGCGCAGCUCAAGGCGUGGGAGAGCGCUAAGGAAUACUACGAGAAAUCGCACUAUCUGGAGGGCUACAUUGAGGCCCUGUAUCAUUUGGAGCAGUUCGAUGAGCUGGAAAAGUGCGUCGAUAAGCUGCCGGAGAAGAGUGCACUGCUCAACAAACUGGCCGAGAUGUUGGUCUCCGUGGGCAUGUGCUCCGAGGCUGUGCAGGCUUAUCUGAAGUUGGGUGACGCCAAGGCCGCUGUCAAUGCUUGCGUGAAUCUGCGCCAAUGGGGCCAGGCCGUGGAGCUGGCCCAGCAGUACCAGAUGCCUGAGGUGAAUGUGUUGCUUGGCAAGCACGCAGCUCAGCUGUUGAACGAGGGUCGACUCCCGGAGUCGAUUGAGUUGCAGCGCAAGGCGGGUAAGCAUCUCGAUGCAGCCCGGCUGCUCGCCCAGCUUGCCGAGCAGGAGGUAGAGCGACGUGCUCCGCUCCUGCGCAUCAAGAAAAUUUACAUCCUUGCCGCUCUGCUCGCCGAGGAUCAUCUGAAGGCGCUCCAGUUGGAGUCGCCGCAGCAAUUAGAUUAUGCCCGCGAUCGGAAUACACUGCUGGAUUCGAUUAGUCUCGAGGAUGCGGCAUGCAUUGAGCGCCUCUGGCACUGUGCCGAGGCCUAUCAUUAUAUGCUACUCGCCCAGCGCCAGCUGCGCUUUGGCAUCAUGCACAGUGCUGUGAUUACCUCGCUGCGUCUGCGGGAUUAUGAUGAUGUGUUGCCCGUGGAGGAUAUUUAUGGUCUGUUGGCCUUGGCCAGCUGUGCGGAUAGAUCCUUUGACACUUGCUCGAGGGCGUUUAUGAAGCUGGAGUCGCUGGACACGUUGCCAGAGAAGUCGCAGCAGGAGUACGAGGAACUGGCCGUUAGCAUCUUCUCCAAGAAUGAGCCACAGGAUCACAAAGUCGAUACGGUCGCCUGUUAUGGCUGCUCCCUCAAAGUGCCCGACAAUUUACCCUCCUGCAUGGAGUGCGGCGCCCGUUUUCCAGGCUGUGUUUCCUCGGGGAAGCCCAUAACUCAGCCGACGAGCAAUAUUUGGAUUUGUUCCACUUGUCACCACUGUGCCUCACCCAUGGAGAUAACGAGGCAUCGCACAUGCCCCUUGUGCCACAGCCUCAUUGUCUCAGUUAAUUAAAUUAGAACCAUAAGCGGAAGAAUAAA